GAUUUGCGCAACAACUCCAAAUGCUAAAUUCCUGUUUUUCUUAAUUAAUUAUAGCAUUUAUGUCCUACUGACCUGUUAUCUCUACUGGUCAAAUGAUUUGCUUUGUUAUAUAUUAUUAAAUAUUCGAUUUUUCUAACGAGACAGCUCCAAUAGAAUCCUCUUACCUCCUCUGCUUGCUCCUAAAUAAUCAUUGAUGGUAACGUGUUGUUGAUAUUUGUGAAUUCUUGAUUCUGAUAUUAAAUUUGUUUACUUAUCAUUGUGAAAUUCUGGAUUCUGUUCAUCGAUGAAGAUUAAGCAAAAUUUAAGGAGAGAGACCAAGAGAGUGUGAUAAGCACGACUGAACUUUUCUCGUUCUUUCCCUUCCUUCCUUUCUCUCACCCUCUCUAUCAUCAAACGUUCCACAGACCAUCAUCAUCCACAUAACACAAUAAACUUCAAGCUGGAAGAGAGGAAAAUAAAGGGGGGAAAAAAUCCUAGAAUGGGCACUUUCAGUCCUUCCAAAGACCAUUCGUAUCCUUCUCUCGCUAGGAAGCUCCUUCCAUGGACCUCUUUUGCUAUCACCCCUUUGAUUUUUCUUUCGCUUGUAUUGAAAACUGAAUUCGAAAUUAUUUUCUAUUGAGAAAGAGGAAAGUUCCUAAGGAAACUCCAUGUGACUACAUCAGUGGCGGUUGGGUCCAUAACAAGAGGAGCUCUUUGUACAAUGGCAUAACAAGACUGACUCAAGACAACAAUUUUGUGGGAUUGAUUAACAUCCAUUAAUUGAAGGAUGAAUGUGGUAUGGCUUCACCUUUGAGCAAUAGUAAGACUUACCAGUUUCCACGUCUUUUUCCUCCACAUUGAUCGCCGAACCCAUCUCCUUCAUUGUUUGAAUACACAUUUUUUAAUAAAUUUUAAAACAUUAUUUUAUUUGAAUGGAUUAAUCGUUAAACGUGGGCACCGACCUUAGCUGUAAUUCCUACUUGCUGGCGAAUUAAAAAUCAACACCUAAUCAAUUUUACAUAAAAUUGACAAUAGAACACGUAGAAGCAGCAAGUGUCAAGUUCCCAAGGGUACGGGCUUAGAGGUUGUGAUGCAUCAUUCUUGCUAUAAAUGUCAUUACUAGAACUUCCAUUUAUCCAUCAGAUUCUUGUUCUCAAUUCUGCUUGGUUUCAUCGAUGGAAUCAAAUUCCCUUUUCUCAUCAUCAGUGCUUCCUUCACUCUCAUUUCCUUCCAAAAACUGGCAAACCCACCAGAAAACGAAAUUUCAUAACACGAAAAGGUGUAACAGAGGCGUCGCUUUGGCUGCUGGAAGAAGAUCAGACUCGUUUGGAGAAAUGCAUGUGGACGAAAGCAUGAUAGUGCUAAGGAAACGCAUACAUGAAAUGAAGAUGAUGGAGAGGAAUUACGAGCCACCAGCGGAGUGGAUGGAGUGGGAGAAGCAAUUGUAUGCGAGUUACGACGAGUUUAUCUGCAAGUUUGUGGGAUUCUUGCAAUUGAAACUGAUGAAUACUAGGCCUAGUUUGGCCAUGGGGAUGCUACUGCUCAUUACAAUGAGUGUCCCUGUAUCUACGGCCACGAUUGCCCUGCAGUUGAUGGAGGUGGCUAAUGGAGCCAUUUCAACCCUUCAUUUAUAGUCUAGUAUUA